AUGUCCCCUUAUAUCUUUGUGAUUGCCAUGGAGUACCUCCAAAGGGAACUGGUUCUUUUACUGCAACAGAGGGAUUUCAAGUUCCAUCCAAGAUGCAACAAGUUAGGGGUUGUGCACAUCUGCUUUGCAGAUGAUCUGCUAAUGUUCUGCAACGAAGAGGUGACGUCAAUCCAGAUGCUGCAAGGGGCUUUUCACAGAUUCUCAGCUGCUUCAGGCUUAGAAGCAAACAAAGAUAAAAGCUCCAUAUAUAUGUCAGGGGUUGCACCAAGUCUGAAACAGGAAAUACUGCAAGUUUUGUGGUACAAGGAGGGGGAACUGCCCUUCAAAUACUUAGGGGUUCCCUUGUCCUCAAAGAAACUUACUAUUGCUCAAUGCUUUCCAUUAGUGGAGAAAAUUACAGAAAGAAUUGGGUGCUGGUCAGCUAAACUGUUGUCUUACGCUGGAAGGACUCACUUGAUAAAAUCAGUGAUCUUUGGUAUUCAAACCUAUUGGGCACAAAUCUUUGUGCUCCCAAAGAGGAUACUCAAGCUGAUUGAUAGUGUUUGUAGAACAUACUUGUGGACAGGGUCUGUUUCUAACUCAAGGAAAGCUCUAGUAUCUUGGGCAAAGAUGUGUUUGCAAAAGCUGCAGGGGGACAUAACAUACUUAGCUUACUCCACUGGAACCAAGCUGCAAUAUUGA